AACUUGGGGUCUUUUUCCCUUUCCCUGACUUCUGCUUUUUUUUUUACCCUAUUUUCUACUUUCUCCUCGUUCACACAUUUCUAAUAAGCUGAACAUGGGAAACUGGCGGGUGUAUGUCGUCUGUCUUUAUGCCGCCAUUGGUGGUUUCUGUUUCGGUUAUGACACCGGUGUUGUCAGUGGUGUCUUGACCAUGAAGCCUUUUGCCCAGACAAUGAGAGGUAAAGAGGAAUUGAACGCUCUCGAAAAGGGUACUAUCACCGGUCUGUUGCUGGCAGGUUGUUUUGUUGGCUCUCUUUUAGCUGCGCCUUCUGCUGAAAUGCUCAGCCGUAAGCGGACCAUUUUAUUGGGCUGUUUGGUGUUCAUCCUUGGUGCUGCUCUCCAAUGUGGCGCCAACGGUUAUGCCAUGAUGGUGACGGGUCGUGCCGUGGCCGGUUUGGGUAUCGGUGCGCUCUCCAUGAUUGUGCCUCUAUAUCAGUCUGAACUUGCUCCCAAGAAUAUCCGUGGUCGUUUGAUUUCACUUCAGCAACUGAUGAUUACGGCUGGUCUCAUGGUCGCUUUCUGGGUGGGCGCUGGUACUGAACGUAUUGCCAGUGAUUUAUCGUGGCGUCUGCCUCUCGGUAUCCAAAUCAUUCCUGCCGUUAUUCUUUGCUUGGGUGUACUCUUCUUGCCCUUCUCUCCCCGUUGGCUCGUCAGCAAAGGCCGUCACGAAGAAGCUCUGGACGUCCUGGCCAAAUUGCACGCCCAUGGUAACAAGGAAGACGCUUAUGUCGUGUCCGAAUACAAUGAUAUCUGUCAGCAAGUCGAAUUGGAACGCUCGGUGGCCGUGACCAGUUACUUGGACUUAUUCAAGGGUACCGUUCGUCGUCGUCUUGUCCUCGGUAUUCUCGUCCAAGUCUUCCAGCAAUUCACCGGUAUCAACUCCAUUAUGUACUAUGCACCGACCAUUUUCAAACAAGCCGGUAUUCCCGAGAACUCAGCUACGUUGAUCGCUUCUGGUGUGCAAGGUGUCCUGAAUAUGUUGGCUACCAUUCCUGCUGUUCUUUACCUCGAUCGCUUGGGUCGUCGUUUGACUAUGAUCACCGGUGCUCUCUGGAUGGCCGUCGCCAUGUUGCUCUGUGGUAUCGUCAUGGCUGCUACUGGUCAUGUCUCCUACAACUCUGACAGCGGUGCCAACGAAAUCGAUAUGAGCGGUAACAAGUCGGCCUCCUACUUUUCGAUUGUCAUGAUCUACUUCUUCGUCGCUGGUUUCGCCUAUUCUUGGGGUCCCGUCGGUUGGGUCUACCCGGCUGAAAUCUAUCCUCUUAAUAUCCGUGCCAAGGGUACUUCCAUCACUACCGCAGCCAACUGGCUUAUGAACUUUGUCAUUUCCGAAAUUGUGCCUAUUAUGCUGUCCACUAUUACCUGGGGUACCUACAUCUUCUUUGGCUGCUGUUGUUUCGUGAUGGCUGCUUGUGUGUUCCUGUUCUUCCCCGAAACCAAGGGCAAAUCCUUGGAAGAAAUGGAUGCCGUGUUCGGCGGUAGUGUUCUUGCUUUCAGAGACAUCAAGAAGCACGCCAACUCCACCAUGCCUACUUUGGAUGCCAGCGUCGAGAAGCAAUCUUUCGGCGACGAAGAAAAGCACUAAUCCAUCUAUCUUGUAACCAUAACUGUACUGCAUACUAUUGUCUUAUUCUCUCCACAUUUUUUUUUCCAUGAUUACUUUCAUCCUCUGACACUUGUAACUUUGUUUAAUCCAUUUACUAUUAUUCUUAUUAUUAAACACUUUUUUGAAUCAA